ACCUAUCUUCCUUCUCGAAUGCAAGAUUCCUGUAAAAGAAAAUGAAACUAACGAAAUAAACAGCUGCUUGCACAUGAUAUCUGCACUGGAUCUAGGCGGAGGAAUCAACAAAUUGCUGUUUAUUUUGAGCAAUCUGAUUCCGAUUCUGAGGGGACUUGUGCUAGACAGCAAAAAGUGAAGAAUGCCAUCCAAAACCUUGUUCUUCCCAUUGGUUCCAUGUUUGAGCAAUAACAAGAAGGAAAGAGACAGAUCAUUCUUGGAUAAUGGAAGCAUCUUACUAGAGGAUCUCAUUGCUUCUUGUGAUGGAAAAUCUAAUCCUAUUCGGUGUUACUCUGCUGCUGAUCUCAUCAGGGCAACCAACAACUUCGAUCCUUCUCGCAUUAUACAAGAUUGUUCAGCACCGGAGUAUAAAUUUCAUCAUUCUAUACAUGUUUAUGGUGGUUACAAAAUGUUCAGGGGUUUGCUGGACGGCCGAUCAAUCAUCAUUAAGAAGUUCAUGGCGACUGGGGAUGAAGCUAGGUCCAUGGCCAUCCGUGACAUUAUCAUAUUGAUGCAGAUGAGCAACCAUAAGAAUGUUUUGAAACUCUUGGGCUGCUGCUUAGAGAUCCCUAUACCAGCUUUGGUGCAUGAAUAUGCAAUAGAAGGAGUUCUCAACGAUCAAGGAGGUUUAAGGACUACUGAAAACCAAUCCUCAUUACCAUGGAAAACUAGACUGCGCAUUGCAAUUCAACUUGCUAGUGCAAUCACAUAUUUACAUACCGCCUUUCCCAGACCCAUAAUUCAUAGGGCUCUAAAACCCAGUUCUAUUUUCUUGGACCAUGACUAUGCUCCGAAACUCUCUAACUUCGGACUCUCCAUAACCAUUCCUCCUAUGAAAUCACAUGCUGAUGAUGAGGUGAAAGGAACAUUUGGUUUCCUUGAUCCUUCCUAUAUGAAGUCUGGUUACAUUUUAGAAAAAAGUGAUGUUUAUAGUUUUGGUGUGCUUUUACUUGUAUUUUUAACGGGACAAAAGGCUGUGGAUGCAUAUGAGGCAGGAGAAUACCAAUCAAUUAUUGCAUAUGUGAAAGCUUCAGAUAUUGGGCAGAUUCAAACAAUUGCGGACCCUAAAAUCUUAGGGGAGGUAGGGGGAGACGAGCAAGCACGACGGCACUUGCAUGAUUUCCUAGCACUGGCAUUGUUAUGCACCCAAGAAGAAAGUGAAGUAAGGCCAGAUAUGAGGCCAGAUAUGAUGGAUGUGGCGAAAGAACUCCUGAGAAUUGAGAAGUCUAUCAUUUCCAAGUAA